ACCAUCUGCUGGCUUCCUUUACGGUUUUUUUAAAAGAUUGGAAAAAAGGAAAAACGUCAAGAAAUAUUUAUGCGAGUUGUGUUGUGCUAUUGAAACCCAGCAGCAGUCGCGAUGGUGAUGGCAUGGAAAUGGAUCGUUGGAAGGACUCGCGAAUCGAAGCCCUUUUUCUUUGCAUUCGCCACCAUAUGCGGCGUCGUUCCGGGAGUUAUUGGCUACGGUGUGAUGCAGGUCACCAAUACCCGCAGCGAUCAACUCGAAUCACAACUCCGUUCUAAGGCUCGCCCUGAAUCACUGAUGAUGGGGCAAGUGAAUAAAGAGAGGCUGGCAGAGUACCUUGGAGAGCUGCAGCGAAAGGAGAAUACCAAUGAUCGCUAUGUUGCUGCCCUAAGAGGAGAAACUUUAACAAGAAAACCUUAUGUGAGAAUUCAACCAAUUCCAGACCAAACUGCCAAGGAGCAGAAAAAUUGAAUAAGUUGCUGAUCUCUGCCUAUUACGAAUAUAUGUUCUUUAAGUUCACAAUGAACAAUGCUGGUUUUUUUCUUCUUUUCAUUUUAAUCUCGUUUUAUCCCUGAAUGCAUUUAUUUAAGCAAUCUUGUUCCUGAAGGGAGUAGGAAUGGUUAGAUGGAAAUCGAGUGCUCAUGGUUCCAUCCGAACAUUUACUAGUUAUACCUUAUGCCAAUUUUCAUAUACAAACUUUUUAUAGGAUUUAUGCUUUUGUACUGAACUGUUUUUUUUACGAUCAAGUCUUGUCUUGUCUAAAAUGAAUUCGAGUGUAACUGUUGCACUUGCACUAGCCUUAAAUAAAACGGUCGAUUUAUAA